AUGAAGAGGUGCCCCUUGGUGUCCACUGCCCACAUUGCCAGGGUGGUCUGCAUCCUGCUCCUGGCUGCUUCGGUGAAUGCACAGAAUGAAAGCUGGGACAGUCCCCUGUGCACCGAGAGUGCAUUGUCUGUGCCUAGAGGCAGUCGUGCUGUGAUGACCUGUAACAUCUCUAACACCUUCGCUGAUGUCUCCAUCUGGCUGGAGGGCCAGAUCAUCUUCAAUGAGGCACCCCAAGGAAACUCCCGCUUGGAUGACUGGGAGCUGCAGGUUCAAGGGGGCCAGGCACGGCUCAUGAUCAAUGACACCCAGGAUGUCCACACAGGGCUGUACUUGUGGCAGCUGCAUGGACACCAGCGAGAUUACAAAAACUUCACCCUGACUGUUUCAGAGCCUUCAAACAAGGAGACCACAGACACACCCUCCUCAGAUCCAGUCAAGCACUUUCAGCAGAGAGCCAGGCCUGAUACCCUUGUGGGAGUCGUGGUCGCUGUCAUCUUGAUCUUGGGACUCACAGGAAUCGGCGCCCUAAUCUGCCACAGGCACCACCGUUCUUUGAAGUCCCAGUGGAUUCAUGCCGUGGUACCUGACUUGAGGCACAGAGCCAGCCCGCCCCACAGUGUCUCUGAGGCUGCAGCCUGUGCCCAGACGCCGAAGGACCUGUGCUUCUCAGAGAAAACAAACUGUGCUGAUGCAGGAAGUUCCAUCAAAAGUUCUGAACCUCUGCUGAGAAGGGGAAACUUCAAAGUCCAUGAGGUCCCUGCAGCUGCAGGAAGCCUAGAAGAAAACUGA